AUGCUGGUCUGCACAGAUCAAGAGAAGCAACUCUUCGGGCUGGACGAGAAGAUGCUCCUGCAAGCUGCCAACGCGGCUGCUAGUUCCUCGCCAUCAGGUGGGUCCAGCAUCAAAAAGUCAGACAUGACCAAAUCUCGCUUCAGCUCCAAGCUCCCUCAGCUGGAGGUAGCUGGCGGUCAGAUCAAUUGUCCCGCCGUGCUCUACACCUCCAGUAUCGAACCAGAAGCUGCUUCGCGAAACAAUCACCGACUUAGGCGCCGUCGAGGUGCUGGUUCAGCAAAGCAGGCUGACCCUUCGUUGCGCGUGUCCAAGCCAAAGCGAUCAAACCGCAGCAAAGAUGCAGACGCAGACGGCGACACAGAUCCAUUGAUGGUCGGUGUAACUGGCCUCCGCAAAGGCCAGCCCAACAUCCAGGACGACGACGUGGACGAUAUCACCGUAGUCGAUCCGAAGGAGGAGCGUGACCUGGAUAGCGAUGACGAUGCUACCGUCAAAGCCGAUGAUGCCCUUGCUGCGCAAAAAGUGGCCAGCCGCAUUUCUGCUCGUCUCUCUGCCAGUCAGAAUGCUGCAACUCGCAGCGCCAUGUCUCAUCCGCCCUCCGAGGGUGUAUCUAGCAAGCUUUCCACACAGUCGGAUCCAGUGACACGCACUGAAAUGUUCCCGCCUCUUAUGCUCCUCAAAGACAACAGCCUCGACGAGCUCAAAUCCAACGCCAUCGGCCCUCGAAGACCGCCCGGUGGGAUCUGGGCGGUUGGUUGGCUCGGCAUCAUCUUCGAUACCGUCAUCGGAGUCGAGGGAAGCACCUUUGCCGCCGGAAUUCUACGUCUGGAGUCUCUGCGAGAUCUCUUCCAGAUGAUGACAGUCCAGCUUCACUUUCAGCGGUAUUUCGCAAGCAGCGACCCGAAUUCCACCGCGAGCAAGAUCUUCAAGUUCCUCCUGCAGACGAUGCCGGCCGUCCUUGGGUUCGACCUCGUCUCCGUGUUCGGCUACGCCGUCAUCUUCUUUGUGGUCUGGAUCGUCAUCACAGCGCUGGCUCUGUGGCGCUUUUGGCGCAUGACCAAAGCGCACAAUCCCAACAAGACCGUCGAAGGCUACGACUCGCAAGGCUGGAUCUACAAGAGCGCUUCUCGAGGCACCCGCUUCGCCAAUACGUGCCUCGUGUUUGUGCUCGGAUUGCUCUACUUGCCGCUCAGCAAGCUGGCCAUCGAUGCAAUCGUAUGGUCGAGCGAUUUCUGGCCCGUGCCAAACCCAUACAAGGGCGGUAUCGACCAUCCCGAUCCAGGACCCUUGCUUGGCGACCCCGACAUUUGGCAUGCUCCUCUCGACUUCUGCUACACCACUACGAUGCGCAAGGACGAGUUCAAUUGGGCCUACAUCAUCAUACCCAUGGCCGUUCUCAUCAUGAUCUUCUACACGCUCUGGUACCCAUACAAGCUCAUGAUGACCAUCAGAGAUAUGCUGCCCAACGUCAGUCGCUUCAACGAGCUCGGACGGAAGCGCAGUGAGGAAGAGAUGCAGAUCUACUAUCAUCGCCUCUUGAACCGCGACAAAUCGCCGUUCAACUUUCUUUAUAACUCGUACCAUCGCCGCUGGGGCUACUACAAGCCGCUUUACAUUUUGCUGUUCAAGCUCUCGAACCUGCUCAUCAUCGGCGUGUUGGCCAAGGACAACUGCCUCUUCCGCUCGUUUCCGACAAGGACCAUGCUAAUCGUGCAGCAGAGCACGCUUAUUGCCGUGAUGGCUUCGUUGCUUGGCGUACACCUCACGCUCAAACCCUUCGUCGACAAGAUCGGCAAUCGGUCCGAGAUGGUCUCUCGUAUCGGCUAUGUGCUGACGGCUACCAUCGGUCUGCUGGUUGCUCUCAACAUCGAAGGCUCGACAGUCUACAACACGACAAUCUUGUACAUCAUUCAGGGCUUCACCUACAGCGGCAACAUCUACUUUGCUGUGGUCGGAAUGUCUUUCGUUGCGCAUCAGGUCAAACGCUGGCAGAGCCGCGUCGACUACACGAUCGAUAUCUUCUCGCCCGUGCUCGACAUCACCAAGCACAUCAAGCGUCGCGUAUGGGAGGAAACACUGUCGAUUCUCAUCCUGUGCGGUCGCGAAUAUCACAUGCCACUGGAUCAGACCAUUGCCUUUUCCGUGUCGGACGAGGACAAGUGGCCGCCCUACUUGAUCGACUUCCAGGGCUCUGUAGCCGAGCGUCACAUCGAAAACCUCAAGAUCGUCAAGCAGAUCGGAAUCGAGGCGUACCGGACUGAAGUCGAUGUCUCACGCUCGCAAGAGGGAGUCUAUCGACAGAAGCUCCUCUUUACGAUUCAGCGAGAUUUUGCAGGUCUCGAUGCCUACUGGCGACCCCAAGAGCCGCCCUUUCCGUCCGGUGUCAUGUCAUACUUUGGCAAAGCCUUCCUUGUUCCCUUUCCACCUACUCUGAUUCUCAAGUACGACGAGGGUGGCGACGCCACCGUCACACUCACGCGCAUUCAAGAAUUCGAGGCGUACAUCGAGCAGAACUCAGAUCCCGAGGUGACGGCCAAGAAGAUGGUUCGUCAAGCUCUGCGUGCUUUGGACGGCCAGACGGUGUUUUGCCCGCACGUCGAGAACAUCCAAGUCGGUGAUACGACCAGCGGCAUGGCAUUUGUCGACAAGAUGUUUGGACGCAUCUCGAAGCGUCGCAAAACAGUGCCGAGGUUCGGCGUGCUGGGAACUGCAGGAGGCAGACGCGACAAGUACGUCCUGGCGACGCCCAUAUCGUACGUCGAAGGCACGCUAAGGAUCGAGCGUCGGAGCGAGUUCGACUGGGCUGGCUACAACUUUGACGGCGGAUUCGAGGUCUCGAUCACCUACGAAAGCGGCAAGAUGAAGGAAGCUUCUGGUGCCAUCAGCAUGGUGCGCAACCUGGUGCGAGUGAGUGCAUCUCGAGCCUUUGGUCUCACCGAAGAUUUUGAGAUGAACGCUGCACUCUCGCGCUUCUUGCAAGCCAACGAGACGCUCAUCGCCGAGCGAGUCCCCUUGGUCGAAAAGCUGCUGCGCAAGUAUCGGCGCCAUUUCGAACGCGAAGCGCAGUGGAAGGAGCGUGUUUUGCCUUACUCGUUUUUGACGGACGUCUUUGACAACGAUGGACUCAGUCCUCUCGGGUUGCGUAUGGCGCUGGUCGACACUGGAUGCGGACGGAGCAUGCGCAAUCUGCCGAUCGAGUACGAAGGCAGCAUCACGCUCAUGUACGAGCGUCUUGCUGCGAUCAGCCGCUCGCCGGUGCAUCGUUUCUGGUGGAUCUUGUUCGACGAGAUCUGGCGACUUAACAGCAACGACUACAGCCAGCUGAGGAAGUACCGACGCAGCUUCUCACCGCAGUACCCGACGUCGAUCGCGUAUCGGCCGAUGCCGAGGCAAGAGCUGGAGAAGUUCUUGCAGAAGCGCGGAUUGUGGAAGAAGAAGGGUGCCAAGGGCGGACCCUUCAAUCGAGGGCUGCUGAAUCGGAUCUACUUUUACCUCAACGAGAUCGUCUUUGCUGGUCAUCACGACGGCAGGGCGCUCAACACGAGGCGAGGAUGGUCGGACCAGCAGCAACGCCAGCGCAAAGGCGGACGCAUCUCCGAUCCGCAAUCGGACAAGAAUCCAUUCCUGGACCCUGUCGACUCCGACCUUCGUCGAGCCGCGACGAUCAAAGUCGGACUCGGACACGACGCAGCGCACGCUACACGCCGAGACUUUUCCACCAUCGAUGACAAGCCCUCCGGGUCUCAACUGCCGCAGAAGGAUGCCCUCGAUCCUGGGUCGCAUCACAAAGACGACCCUUCGUGGGGCAUGACAGCCAACCCGUCCGUUACACCCUCGCACUACACCGGCGGUGGCACAGCCUAUUCGAACGGCAGCGUCGUCGUCCGCACCGCAUACAGGUGGGAGCAGCGCAUGGACGGCUAUGCUACCGACACGCGAUGGCAGCGGUUCAGGGUGAGGGCGUUGCAGUGGCUGUCGUUGCAUCCCGUGGUGGUCAAGUUCGAGCGCGAGAAGCUGUAUCUGUAUUUGAAGCUGGUGGAUGGGGAGGCUGGCGAGGGCCAGAGGUAUGAGCUGAUGAAGCCGAUCUGUAAGCGACCGGAUGGCGAGGUGUAG